AUGCCAAAGUGCCGUUCGUGUGGCAAAUACGCGGCAAAUGCGGACUGUAUUCGCUGUUCCAAAUGUUCAAAUGCUUACCACCGCGCCUGCAGCGCAGUGCCUGUUGGGCGUAGCCCAAUAGGGUUUACGUGCCAGGGCUGCAAAGCUAAGCCUGCUGACAACGUCUCGUCAGAAAGUUCAAGCCCUGGUGACGACACAAUGGCCCCUGGUAAGGGUGAGCCUGAUCAUACCCGUAUGCUUUACGAACUCAUCCAAGAGGUGAAGGGACUUAGAAGCGACCUCAAGGAUACAAGAAGUGAGAUACAGCAAUUUAAAGCAGAUUUGCAGGCAUGCUGCGGCCGGAUAACUUUAGUCGAACAAAGAGUUAUCGAAGUCGAGAAAAAAAUCGACACAAAAUCAUCCGACAACGUCCACCUUGAAAAUAUGAUAGCGGACCUGAAAGUACAACUAGACGAACGUGAUCAAGAGUUGUUGCUAAAUGACGUGGAAAUAGCGGGACUGCCAGAGGAGAGAAGCGAGAACGCACUCCAUCUUGCCAGCGUUGUGGCCGUAAAGUUGGGGCUGACGCUGGAGGAGCGUGAUAUCGUGCACGCGGAACGACGGGGCGCCGUGCGGCGCAACCGCAGCGACGGGGAGGGUGCGCCGCAGCAACCGCGACCGUUGGUCGUGCGACUGGCGCGUCGCGCUCAGCGCGACGCCAUGCUACGCGCAGCGCGUGUCCGUCGCGGCCUCUCCACGUCCGACAUGAACCUGCCUGGGGCGUCGAGGAAGGUUUACGUCAAUGAACGCCUCACCCGGAACAACCGGCAGCUGUUUGGUAAGGCGCGAGAAGCGGCUUCCCGUGUACAAUGGAAGUACGUGUGGACGAAAGGUGGACUGGUAUUUACAAGGAAGGAUGACGGUAAGGCUGUUGAGCGUAUUCGUACUGAACAAGAUAUAAAUAAAAUUUUUGUUUAAUGAUUGGUUGGG